AUGGGACAAGUUCAGAGCGUAAGUUCGAGUAGUUUCCAGGAGGAGUAUUAUCUUUUUUUCGACGAGAAGUCCGACGAAACGCAUUCCGACAGCUCCGCUAAGCGAUAUGAGCAUUCUUACAGUGCACCGUUGUCGAAGACAGCCGCAUCAGCCAGCAUCUCCGGGGACGGUUCCGACUUUCGUCUGGUGCGCCGCAGUCAUGGCAGCGAUGUGUUCAACAUGUCGACGCACAGUGGAGCGCCUCCUUAUGGCGACCUGUAUAGUAUCGGUAACACCGCAAGUCUGGAUGAAGAUCUUGACGGUUCGGUAAUCCCCGUGUUGUCCGUGGACGACUGCCAGGGCGAGUUUGAUUGUACCUUGAGCGAGUACAGAAGCCCCUCUGGGCGUCGAAUAUCGGGUCACUACAACGGCGAAGAAUUCACAGACGGCCGAAUUGUAUGGCCUGACGGCCGUGAGUACGAGGGAGCACUGAAGGGCUCGGUGCCUCACGGCUUCGGCACCUACCGCACCUCUACUGGGAAGGAGUACAAGGGCGAUUGGCAUCUUGGCUUGCAGCAUGGCACUGGGUGCUAUGUAACGGAGAAAGAUGGCCGUCGCAUUAGCCGUCGUGGCAUAUGGGAGACCGGCCAGCUCGUCCGUUGGCUCGACGAGGAUGAGGGUUCCGGGGCUUCCGUACGCCACUCUCUCCUGAACAAGAUCAUGGCCACGCCCACCACCACACCCGAGUUGUCGCCGUCUUCUCGGGAACUAUCGCCCGUAUCGCAGAGUGCCAAAUCCCCUAUCGUGAAGGCCAGGGUAUUUAACGGCGCAUGCAGUGGCGAAGACCCGGGCGUCAACCUUUAA